AUGGAAAGAGCUGAUACUCAGGAAGUCAAGAGGGUGAAGGCUAUCAUUGCUGACCUCGAGGCUGAGCUGCAGGCAGAGAGGACGCGUCUCAGACAGAUGUCCUUGGAGAAGAACCACGUCCAGCGUGAGAAGAGUGCUGUGGCUCGUCAACUACAACGAACUGAGGCGGAUAUUGAUGAUGUCAAGAGACAGCUCCAGAAAGCCAAGCACGAAAAUAAUGAACUAGAGACCGAAUUGCGAAUCAACGCAACCAUCGAACAGCAAGCUCGUCUCCUAGAAGGCAAAGUCAAUGAAAAUGCAGAGACAAUCGAUCAGCUGUGGCAAGAGCGGUCUCUUCUUGCAAAGGACCACAAGGAGCUUCAGCGACAGUUCACUGAAGUAUCAGAAUCAUCACACGACAACCGCCGUCAUCAACUCGAUUCGCAUCUCGGUGAAAUUGAUGACCUCAGGCAUGCGCUCUCCAAUCAAGCCGACGAAUUACAGCGUAGCGAGGAGGAGAAAAACUGCAUGGCCAUUGAGAAGACCGAUGUUGCACGCACUGUUGCAGCCCUUGAAUCCGACCUUAGACGUGUCAAGCGAGAUGCCGAGGCAUUUGGACGUGAUCUUAAAACUCUGCGAACAGAGAAAGAGAAGCUGCAGGAAAAACACAGGAAUGAAUUGACGAAAGCUGAGCGAGCCAAAAAGCAGCUCAAUGGCCAGCAUACGAAGCUAAAGACAGCCCAGGAGAAGUUCAAGAUCAAGGAUUAUGGAUUUGCUACAUGGGUGACAACUGUCGUACUUUCGUGCUGUAUCUUGAUGCUGAACAAAAAAAUUAGCGAUGGCUACCAGCUCGUUGAGCUGAAAAAACAGCACAAGGAGGAGUGCAAAGGCCUUGUCAUCCAGAUUCGGUACCUCAAGGCAAAGUUUACCUGCGAGUCUACCUUGCGAGAUGAGCUCGUAUACCAGAAACAUUAUCUUCUUGUUCUCCUCUCGAACUUUGAAGCCAGUGAGAAGCGUAUACUGGCCUGUAUAUCCUGGAUAGGAUAUCUCAAACCGAAAAACCCACCAGCAAUUAUGAAGAAGACACACUCGAUAAAGAGCGUUGUGCUUAGUGUCGUAUUUAUAUGGUGUGUGAGGCAAGUUAGUGAGGCUUGGAGAGAAGCAAGUUCAAAAAAACAAGCGAUUUCCACCGCGCUACAAGAAGUCCAUCGUCGAAGAGUCAUUGCAGUUACCUCAAUGUUCGCUUGA